UUACAGUGUAAUAAAAUAACAAAUAAUGUAAAUUACACAUUUCCAAUUAGAUUUACCUACAGGUACAAGUUUUUUUAACUAUGAAUUGGUAUAUUUUGAUUGGUUUACUCUUUUUUGGAAAUGUUGUUUGCAUCCGUGAUCUCUACGUGGGUAUAUUUAACACGGAUGAUAUCUUAGUAGCACAGGAUCAUUUGUAUAAAGAGAAGCUGCAUUAUCGUACAGUGACAGCUAAAUAUGUUAGACAUUUCAGCUGCCCAAUCUCCUACUACCGCGUAUUAGACCGACUUGCCGCAGGCAGAGGCCCCAGGGUAGAAAAGGUCAAAGGCGGUCUCAUGAAAAACGUCCUGGCCCUAAAAUUGACAUCCGUAUUCAACCAGCCAGUCAACGUCGUCAUCUACAUCGCUUGUGCGAACAAGAAGGAAGGAUCGAACGAGCCAAUGUAUACUAGAGCUCCUUGGACUAAAGCAACACCAAAGAAAGAGGAUAACGAAGGAUCCACUACGGGUCAAGCAGAUGGUGAUGGAACUACGGGUGCAGAAACAACGGGUGCAGAAACAACGGGUGCAGAAACAAAUGAAACUACUGUCGAAACAGAACAAGGAGGUAACGCUACAGAGACUGGUGAAACGACAACAGAAACACCUGCAGCUACAUAA